AUGACUAUCCACAAGAACAUGUUGGCCGCCGGCCUUGCCUGCUUUGCGGGUCUGGCCGUGGCAGCUGUCGAGGUCGACGACAUGGGCCCUGCCGCCUUCAUGUGGCCCACGGACAGAGUCUGGGCUGCUUCGGUGGAUAACACAGCCCCCUGCGGCUCCAGGGCAUCGGCUGGAAACAGGACGGACUUCCCUUUGAAAAAGGGCCAGGUUGCGCUGCUGGCCCAAGAUGAGUCUUGGGACAUUGAGCUCAGCAUCUCCUACCUCUCAGACCCCAAGACCAACGAUGACUUCAGCACCUUGGUGGAAGCCGAUGAAAUGCGUGAGAUCGACGUCGGACACACUUGUAUCACGAUAUCUGACGCCCCUAGCACGGUCAAGGCAGGGGACCCUGCCACGCUGCAGAUCAAGUACCUGGCCGACUUUGACAAGCCGGAGAACCAGACGUUCUACGCCUGCGCCGACAUCAAGUUUGUCGAAGCCUCGAGCUUCACCACCGAGGUUCCGUGCUUCAACGCCACUGAGUCCUCGUCAGAUGACAGCUCUAGCACCGAUCACUCGGACAGCAGCAGCAGCACGAGUGACGCCGACAGCAGUGACAGCAGCAACUCCAAGUCUGGAGACGACGACGACGACCUCUCGGGCGGUGCCAUUGCAGGCAUCGUCGUCGGAUGUGUGGCUGCCGUCGCGCUCGCGGGACUCGCCUUCUUCUUCUACAGGCGCAGGCAGCAGAGACUCGUGUCGCAGAGGCAGCAGCAGUCGAGCCGUGGUGUGAGGUGGGAUGGACAGGAUCACGGUGCUAAUAAGGGAUCUGUGUCGAGCGCCAGUGUGGGAAUGCACAAUCUGUCAUCCUCUUGA